AUGAACCCAACACCUUCAGAUUUCGAUGUCCCGUUAGAAUGGCUUUACAAGGGUGGUAAGAGCAAGAGAAGAACGAAAUCAAGGACGAAAUCGUCCACGGGGAAACUUACGUCCACUGUCAUACAGAAUCCCGCGGAAACAACAACGUCAACGUCAAGAAGAACUAGAUCUUCUUCCAUUUCUAAUGCUGCACUAUCUUCCAAUCAUUUACCUCUCAUUAACACGUCCUCUUCAAGUGCUAUAGAGGAUGAUGAAGAAGGUGAACAGAUGGCCGUGUUGACCCCGAUUACUAGCACGACAAAUUCAACUAAUAAUAGUCCCGUCAUCAUGAAGAAGAGUAGGAAUAGAUCCACGUCUAUAACAAACGCAGUCGUGUCCAAUAAGGCCCCUGUCGUGGUGCCAACAAAGUCAACGACAUCGUCAUCGACAUCGAACUCUGUCAAGAGAUCAAGUUCAUUGAAUGAAAAACCAAAGAAAUCAUUAUUGGGUUCGCUGUUUGGUAGGAAAUUGUCCAGUUCAUCAAAGACAAAACCAACAAUUAUCCCACCAAAAUUGAAACCAAUAAAGACAACUUCAACAGUGGCAUCCAAACUAAUAUCUGAAACGUUGAAAGAACCAAACUCUCCAGAUGUGAACAUGAAUUCUCAAUCAACUAUAAUUUCCACUCCAUUGGGCGACUCAACGGCUUCUUCACCACAAGUAUUCCAAUCAUCAUCAUCCUCUUCCACAUCGUCUAAUGAGAAAUUACUUCAUUCAGAGGAGAAACUGGCUAUACAAAAAUUAUCCUCCAUAAAAUUAAAGAGGGUCACUUUUGCUGUGGAUAAAUUUGAAGCUGAUCCUGCCCAACAGUUACCAUCAAGGACACCAAAACAGGGGAAUGUGUUGGUUCCUGAUGAUAUGAUUAGUGAAGUACCAUCCAUAUCGAUGGGUAUUUCUGCAAAUACUCCACAAUCAACCAAGACACCAUCAUUUUCUAAAAAUUCAAAGGAAUAUAGACUCGCAUUGGAAAAUCAACGAUUCGCCAUCAAAGAGGCAGAAAAGCAUCAAAAGGAGGCUCAUUUUGCCGCAAAGAGAAUCGCUGAUGAAGUGGCCAAUUUUAAAGCUACUUCUUCAGAACAAAAAUCAUCAAUUCCCGUGACGCUACUGCCUUCAACCACUGCAGCUGAUUCAGAACUAAAUGAAAAAAUUAAUAAUAUAGAUAAACCUAUACAUGUACAUGAACAUCAUUUCGAACAAGAAAUAUCUACGGGUGAAGUUACUUUGGAUAUUGUCUACACGAGAUGUUGUCAUUUGAGAGAAAUAUUACCCAUCCCAUCCACUUUGAGACAAGUGAAGGGUAAAACGGCACCUUUACAAACUUUGAAAUUUUUGAAUCCUAAACCAACAUUGAUUGAUAUCUUAUCAUUUUGUGACUUCAUUUCUAUCGUACCAAUAAAUACUAUCAUCUUCGAUAAUGUCUCCCUAACAUCGGAAAUGUUUAAGAUUAUUAUAAGCUCAGUUGUUAAAUCUACCGUUUUGGAAAAAUUGGGGCUAAGGAAUGUUAUCAUUGACAAGGAAAAUUGGAAAUUAUUAUGUAAAUUCAUGUUGAAUAAUAAAUCAAUUGUUAAAUUGGACAUUUCACAAACAAAAAUCAGGACAGAGUCCAAUGAUUUGGAAAAUAUUUAUCGUCAUAACAUGGAUUGGGAAUUAUUUGCUAACGUAUUACAAUAUAGACUGGGGAAACCUUUGGAAGAAAUAUUACUUAAUGGUAUUAAAUUCAAUAACAUCCCCGUGCACAUCUUCAAAGAUUUACUCCAUUCCAUUUCAAGUCAAAGAAAUGCCACAUCCGUGGGAAUACGGGUAGGAUUAGCCACUUCUGAUAUUUCAUUAGAUUGCCUAAAGGCAGUCAUGAAUUGGAUUUCCGCAAACAAUGUACAAGGUGUCGAUUUGUCAUUUAAUGAUUUGGCUGCCUUUGUGAAACCAUUAGUUGGUAAACUGUCUUCCUUAACUUUCCCCAAUCUGGAAUAUUUCACAUUAAACAAUACAAAUAUUUCAAGUUCCUAUGAUGUCGCCCUCAUACUAAAAUACCUUUGCAAGUUACCCAAUUUGAAGUUUUUAGAUUUGUCCAAUCUGCCACAAAUAUAUCCCGAUGUAUUACCAUACAUGUAUAAAUAUCUUCCAAGAUUCCCUCAAUUGAAAAGAAUUCAUUUCGAUAAUAAUAACUUAUCAUUCAAGGAGUUAACAGUGGUCUGUAACAUUCUCUUGAAAUGUCAUUCUCUAGCGCAUGUUUCCAUGCUCUCACAAUUACAAUCUCCUACUGCCGCUGCUAGUGACUCCUCCACAAAUGUGGUAGGUCCAGAAUCACAAAGUCAAUUUGCAAGGAAUAAUCUUUGGGCAACAUUAUAUGCACUUGCCAAGGAUUCACCAAAUUUGGUUGGUUUAGAUAUAGAUUAUGAUCGAAUCCCAGAGGAAAUUCAACAAAGAAUUGCAUUAUGUUUGAUGCGUAAUAUGAAUAGAGCCAUGGAUUCCACUUUCCAAUUGGAUGAAUUAGCAUCACAGGAUGAUCUAUUAUUUGAUGGAACUCUAAUUACUGAAACUGCAGAAGAUGUUUUGACCAAAUUGAAUAAAUUGAAUGAAAAUACCAGUGCUUCCACUGAUAAGAAGGAUGUUACAAAGAGAUACCUGUUGAAGAAGUAUUUGGAAAAAUUACAUAGAGUUCAUUUCAAUACUCAACAUAAGAUUGAUUGUAUGUUUGAAAAGAGAAACUCUGGGGAAUUGACUCUUCAGGAGAAGGAAAACCUACUACGACUAUUAUUACUAGAGAAGAACCUUUCUAAUUUAAUGGAAAUCUUAGGAGCUUUACCUCAAGUAUCUAGCGUACUAGGCUCCAACAAAGAGGACAGUAUGCAACCAGUUUAUCAACAGUCACAAGAAGGUUCAACUGUUACAUCAGGAACAAGUAGCGAAUCUGUUUCAUCAGUGGUAUUGAAACAUGUAGAAUCCGUGGAACCAAUAGUGGUGCCACCGGAGACAAGACCUCAUUUAAUGGCAACGGAUUCUGGUAGAACAGUUGAUGUUCUUACAGGUAAACCUGUUUUAUUUAGAAGAGGAUCAUCAAGUACUAGUGUCGUCGGGAAGAAACAAAUAGAGGAAGAAGGUGAGUUACAUAAAUGGGGGUAUUUCGUUCAACAGCAGUGUUCUAUUUAUCCUGAAAAUGAAGUAACCAAAUCAAAGGAGACGGUCAACCCUCCCACACCGACGACACCAACCACCGCUUCUACUAGCACCACUUCCACAGCAACUCAUACACCUACUCCCACUACAUCUAAGACUCCAAUUAUUAUUGUGCCGAAGAUUCCAUCAGGCACAGAGUUAAGAAAGGCCAUUAUAAAGGCAAAGGGUAUCGACUCUAUAGAUGACUUAAUCCAAAAUGUUAAUCAAGAUGAAGAUGAAUUGAUUAAUAUUUAUGGGAAGUCAGUUCAACCGAAAUUAAACCAUCCAACGGGGAAAUUAGUUGAAGAUGAUAUCUCUAGCAUCACGCGUAUCACACCAAAGACAAACACGCCAGCUGCGAAUGGUAAUACAGCACCGCAUAUCACUCUGGGAGCAAAAAAUGUGUCUGUGACAACGCAGGAAAUUGAUACCAGCGAAGAUAACUGUGAGAAGAAUUGCGAACAGAUUACUGAAGCAUACGACAAGUUAUUAAAUAAUUUGUCCAUUAAACGUCCAGGUAAGGCGUAA